AUGCCUGGUUCGUCUACCCGAGAUCCCUCACCCGUCUCCUCCUCUGCCGGAGGGAAGAAGGGCGCUCGUAAGCGGAAACAAAAGCUUACCCAGGCUUCCGGUGAUGCAGGUUCAAAGAAGAAGGACAAGAAUGCCAAAGAUACCGGAGGAGUCUUCGCGGCGGUGACAAAACAUGGGGCCAAGUUCUCAAAUGGCACUGCGACCAAAGAGCCGGUUUCCGUGCCAGAGUCUCCCCAGAGUCCAGUUCAGACGCCUGAGAUGAAGCCUUCCAUGCCGUCGACGAUCCCAACAAAGGGGAAUCCUCCCGCUGCUGUAUCGCCGAUGCUGGAUGGAGUCACCGGAACCUCGAUCGCCACCAGCACAGCACCCAGUAUGAGUGAGUGGGCCAAGGCCCACGGGGCACUGGCUGGGUCACCAAACCUGAUCAGUAUCAUGGGUGAUUCACCACCGACUCAGCCGUCGUCGUAUGAGGAUCACAAAGCACCGCUGGCUUGGGCUCAGCAGCGUGCUGUUGCUAACCACUACGCACACUCGGCAUCGCCUCCCACCGGGACACGAAGACCACUGAGUUUCCAAAUGGACCACCACUUCCCAGCUAAUGAUCUCCGCUCGCAAGCUUCCUCACCUCCUGGCAUCCGAAGAACCUCGAUGCAUUCUCCCUUUUCGCAAGCUCGAGGGGCCUUCAACCCUCCUUUGCCUCACCAGGCGCAAGCUCAUUUCUAUGGAGCCCCAGAGAUUGACUUUGAUCUUGACCCGAAGAACGGACUCAGGGCGGGAGACAGAGGCUAUUACUUUGGGUUCGACACUUGGCCUGCUCCUAGUUCGGCCAGUAGUUCCGGCUCCAACGGCGUGGUUCUCGCCGGAUAUGAGGGUGGACUAAACGUGUAUUCGGUCACCAAGCGAGGUGUUGACCCCCUCGCAAGCUUGAAGGGACUGCGCGGGGGAGUGUACAAUGCGAAGAUUCUACCAUGGAGUGGGACAGACGAUCGCAACGAGCUUUACCCGUUGAUCGCCGUCACGGUUCACGGACCGGUUCUCCCCUCGGCACCGGAAAUAGUGGAGACCAGGUUUGAUGCCGGAGCAAGUCCCAGGAUGGACGGCAUCGACACUCCUCAAUCGGAGACCAGCCAAAGGCCAAUCAGCAUUGCGAAGACUAUUCCCACGAUUGAUGCCUACCAAACAACUGUCGAGGUCUACUCCCUGAGGACCAACAGUGCGAUUUGCACUCUUCUACAGGCGCCACGAGUUCCCAUCAAGUCCUCCGUACUGAAUCCCGUUUUCCGGAACCCACCGCCAACGGGUGCGUUGCAGAUACGAGCUGACAGUGGAAGUGUUGUCGUUUCCUCCGGCACCACGGGCGAAUGCUGGGUCUAUCGGCAGUUUCCAUCGAGCUCAGACGCCGGGAUCGAGUUCAGAUGUGUUGGCAAGUUGUGGACUAGUCUGCAGCAGGCGCCGAAGGGCGAUGCCACUCAGGAAGAAGAGAGAAGCCAGAGUCCUGUCCCACCGCGACAGAGCCCGCAGGUGCCUAUUGUCGCGGUUUCUGGUAGAUGGAUUGCUUAUUGUCCUCCUGCUCCCUCUUCACAAAUUGCUCUGAAUGCAUCGAUUGGCGUUGCUAUUGAUGGCAAAGCCCCUGGUUUGGUGACGCUUACAUCGCCUGUCCUGCCCAGCGAAAGCUCCGAUGUCGAUCAGCCCGACUCGAACGGCAUGAUGAACAGAAUCAUGAGGGAAACGACACAGGAGGUUAUCCAAGGCGCACGCUGGGUUGGGAAACAAGGCAUGCAGCUGUGGAACAACUACUGGAAACAACCGGGUUCACAGUCAACUCCACCGCGAUCGCACAAUGUAGGCUCGCCACCUUGGACUGCGAGUCUUCCCGGUAGAGCCGAUGCAACGCAGUUUCCGCCGACAUAUGGAGUUUCUGGACAAGCGAUUACCAAGGACCCCGGAUUGGUUUCAAUCCUCGAUCUUGAAGGCCUAGAGAACUCGACGUCCAUUCAUCAUGUGACUACCUUCAGGGCGCCACUUGGCUGCAGCUUUCUCUCAUUCUCUCCCACUGGUCUUUCUCUAUUUACCGCCAGCACCAAGGGAGACGUCCAGACGUUGUGGGAUUUGAUGCGAAUCCAGCACAGCAAAUCCUCGGCACUUCAGAAUUCUCAGCCUCCUAACACGGGCCACGCAACUCGCGUCAGGCAGAUCGCGCAGUUCUCGCGGAUGACUGUUGCUCGCAUUGUGGAUGUGACCUGGGCGAGGCCAAAUGGCGAACGUGCUGCGAUGGUGACAGAAAGAGGCACCGUGCACCUGCUGGACAUGCCUCCCAGUGCCUAUACCUGGCCUCCGCCGCGUCGUCGGGUGAAAGCCGAGGAGGCAGGAUCUGGGACUUCCGAAGCUCCGCAGUCCGCGGUCUCGAUGGCUUCCACAGCGCUGACUUCGGCGUAUGGUGCUGCGCGUCCCUUGAUCAGUCGUCGCCGCCGGAGCAGCUCCAACGCAAACGCAACAUCUACGAUCAUGGACCAUGCAAGCUACGGUGGAAAAGUCCUAGCUGCGGGUAUCUCGCAGUCCCUUGGUAACGCGGGUACGGCAAUCAAUCAACUUCGCCAUAGCGGCGAGAACCGUGUUAGCUUGCCCAGCGGUAGUCAGUCGCCAGGAGUAUCUUGCGUGAUGUGGAUGCCCGGGCGCAAGUACCCUACGCUCUUUGUCGCCGGCAAUGGACUAGUCAGGACAUUUCCUAGCAAGAGUCGUGGAGCAAACAAGAAGUCUACUGCUCCGUAUGGAAACAGGUACAAAGACUUUGCGCUGCAGACUCUGCCUACUGACGUACUUGCCCCGACUGUGAAGCGUCUGAUAGAGCCCGAAGAGGACCUGGACUUCAUGAAUCCCGAGUUGGAUGGUGGAAACACUCUUGUCUUGAACCCACGGGCCCGUCCCACGCACUCGGACCUCAGCCCAGAAUCGUCGAUUCCGCAAGCUGAAAUUGAGACCAGUGCGCCUUACCAGCCAUUCCACACCGAUCGACGCGUUGUUCUGUAUGAGUAUGGCACCGAAGCCUCGCAUUCGAGCUCGCCUGCCGCCGCCAAUCAGCUGUCGGAUUCUAUCACCUUGGAGGACAAACCAGUGUCCAAGUCGAAGAAGAAAAAACAGCAGCAGUCCCGACAGACCAAUACUUCACAGGCCUGGGCGUUUGGUCAGAGCAUCGAUGCCGUUAAGGUGGACGUGGGCAUACUUCCGGUCAUGGAGCAAGAGCUCAGCAUCAGCAGCCUGGAUGAUCAUCGUGCCCUGCCUGCCUCGGCUAUGGAGCGAGUCUUGCAAGUGGGAGAGAAUGACGAGCAGAUCGUGGUGACUACUCGGCGCCGCAGGGGUGGCAACCGAGCGUCGGAUGCCGAUGAGGAUGGCUUCUUUGAAGACGACUGUGAAGUUCUCGACUUUGCUGACCAGAGAGUCUGA